AUGGCUCUCUGUGCGUCCCUGAAGACCCUUGAGGUGUUCCCGUUUAGAGACCCAGAGCUGUCUUCCCUCCUGCUGUCCCAGCUGAACAGCCUGAGACAGGAGAGGAUCCUAACUGACGUGCUGCUCUGUUCAGAAAACACAGAGAUCCCCUGCCAUAGGAACGUACUGGUGUCCUCCAGCCUAUACUUCAGGGCCAUGUUCUGCAGUAACUUUGUGGAGAGCAGCCAGGGUCGGGUGGAUCUGAAGGGCAUCUCCCCUGACGUGCUCAGUGGCAUAGUGGACUAUGUGUAUACAGGAGCCAUCACCAUCAGCAUGGACAUAGUGCUGCCUCUAAUGCAGGCAGCCUCUAUGUUGUACUAUGGGCGGCUGUUUGAGGCCUGCUCCACCUUCCUUCAGGAGCAGCUGAGCCCAGACAACUGUCUCAGUAUGAUCAGGUUGUCAGAGAUCCUCCACUGUGACAGUCUGAAGGAGAAGGCUAAGGAGAUGGCCGUGAGGAGCUUCUCAGACGUAGCUGCCUCCGAGGACUUCUGUGAGCUCUCCUUACCGGAGCUCAUGUGUUACCUGGAGGAUGACCGACUGUGUGCCGAGGAGGAGCAGGUGUUUGAGACCCUCCUGGCGUGGAUCCACCACGACCCGUUCUCCCGACGUGGCGCCAUCUCCGACCUCUUCAGGAAGGUGCGUCUGCGCUACAUCCACCCCACCUACCUGUUCCAGUUCAUCGCCAACGACCCGCUAGUGCAGUCCUCCACGCUCUGCACUGAGAUCAUAGAGUCCGUCCGUCGCCUCAUGCUCUCGGUCAGUGCCAAGUGCGGUCGUGAGCUGAAGCCCCUCUGGACCACACCGCGCCGCUACACCUGCCGAGAGACGCUCGUUGUGGUCGGCGGGCGCAAGAAUAACGAGCAGACAUCCCGGGAAGCCCUGCUCUAUGAUGAGAGGACUCAGCGCUGGCAGUGGCUGGCCAAGCUGCCCCUGCGACUCUACAAGGCCUCCUACGUCUGUAUCCACAGCAUCCUGUAUGUGGUGGGGGGGCUCAGCCUCAGUAUGGCCUCCGGAGACAGCUCUGUAUCUGCCACCGUCUACACCCUCUCCCUCAAGACCAACCAGUGGAGGACGGCGGAGCCCAUGUUGGAGCCGCGCUACGCCCAUCAGAGUGUCUCCUAUCUCCACUUCAUCUUUGUCCUGGGGGGGAUCGGAGUGGACAAACAGAUCUCCAACUCCGUGGAGAGGUACAACAGUAUGUUUAACCAAUGGGAGGCCAUGGCUCCUCUCCCCAGCGCCGUGCUGCACCCCGCCGUCGCCGCCAACGACCAGAGGGUCUAUGUGUUCGGAGGGGAGGACGCCAUGCAGAACCCUGUCAGGGAGAUACAGGUGUACCACAUCUCCAGGAACCUGUGGUCCAGAUUGGAAACCCGGACGGUGAAGAACGUCUGUGCACCUGCUGCUGUCAUCGAAGAUAAGAUCUACAUCAUUGGAGGGUACACUAGACGGAUGAUCGCCUACGACACCAAAGCCAACAAGUUUGUAAAGUGUGAGAACCUGAAGGAGAGGCGAAUGCACCACAGCGCCACGGUCAUCAACAACAAGCUGUACGUGACGGGCGGGCGCUUCCUGAACGGGCACGACACCAUCGAGGACUCGGACUGCUUCGAGUGUUACGACCCCAAGACGGACGUGUGGACCUCCAAGGGGACGCUGCCGUACAAACUGUUUGACCACGGCUCCCUGCCUCUGGUCUGUGUCUCCAACAGACCCAACCCACCCUGA